GACCUGUUUGGGAAGUCAGACCCCUUCCUGGAGUUUUAUAAACCAGGUGACGACGGGAAAUGGAUGCUGGUCCACAGAACGGAGGUGAUCAAGUACACGCUGGACCCCGUCUGGAAGCCGUUUGCUCUGCCUUUCGUGUCGCUGUGCGACGGAGACGUAGAGAAGCCGAUAAAGGUGAUGUGUUAUGACUACGACAGCGAUGGCGGACAUGACUUCAUCGGGGAGUUUCAGACCUCGGCGGCCAGGAUGUGCGAAGCCCAAGAUGCCUUUCCGCUCGAGCUAGAGUGCAUUAACCCCAAAAAGCAAAAGAAAAAAAAGAAUUACAAGAACUCUGGGAUCAUCAUUGUCAAGUCCUGCAAAAUAACCAGAGAUUUCUCCUUCCUGGACUACAUCCUGGGAGGCUGCCAGCUGAUGUUUACU